GGUUUCGUAAUUUCGAAAAAUGUGUAGUAACUCCAUCUCCACAUUAAUAUACCUGUGCUUCUGUACUAUUUCUGUUUAUAGUCAAAAUAAUUUGCUAAAAAUAUGUCAUGAGUUUACCAAAUCAACUGCACGCUCGCCAUAUUUUAAGUAUAUUGACAAUGAUUAUGCAAUGUCUAAAGAAUUAUUUUGUCUUAAAACCAAUAACCAAAUGCGUAUGUGCGAUAUGAAUGGACGUAGGUUCCCAGAUUCAGUAGAAUGCAAAACGACAAGACAUAAAAAUAGGCACUGUCCAGAUGAACUGUUUGAAAUCCGAUCGCAUGGCAAUAAACCGCUUUGCCUGAAAGUUUCAACUAAAGUUCAGGCUUACAAUGAAGAAUUUUGCUAUGGGUCAAAUACAAUUAUUCCAACAGAUUUAACAAGUAAAGAAAUUUUCACAGUAACUGAGUUUUUGCAAAAUAAGAAAAUAAAUCAGUACUGGCUGCCAAUAAAGCGAAAUAAUGCAUUUAUGGCAUUUGAAGUCCGUUUGCCGGGAAAGUCGUGGAGAAGGGUAUUACAUAAUAAUUUAAUACAGUUUAAAAACAAAUCUGAUGAACACUGUUUAAAGCACGUUUUAAAUAAACCAAGUAUGAACAACUCUAAUAAUAUAAUAGUCGCUGAACCGUGCAACACUCUUUUAGACGCGGUAUGCACUUUUAAGUCGGAUGUGCUGUCUAGUAAUGGGUGUCCAAACGGUUUCGGAGCUUUAACCUAUCGGCCUAGCGUGUGUUAUGGUAUUGAUUGGAAGAAAUCAAAUCAUGAAGAGGUUCAUCUAAAAGAAUACUUACAAAAUCAAAACCUUCUUACACAAAUUUUUGCAAAGUAUGUGACAGAGAAAAAACAAAACGAUUUUUUUAAAAUUGAUUAUUUCUCGGAUACUUUCGGAGACGAGUAUUCUAUUUUAAUGAACCCGUUUGGAAUUCUUAAAAUCGUUGAAAAAGGUAUGGAAUGGCUUCCUGCUUUAAGUAAACAAAAUAUCGACCCAACAAAUGCAAUUGAAAUGUUACUUAAAAUGGAUGAAAAGACCAAUUCGUUAUUAUUAGUUGCUCUUAAUAGGAAAUACUUGUGGGUAAAUAAAAAAAAAUUAUCAUGGCAUAAAAUGUUUUACAUAUACAGAAUACGGUAUUUUAAAAAAAGCAAAGGUGGACCUCGUUUGGGAAAACAAAGAGCAAAAUUACUCAAUUUUUCAAGUUAA